AUGCAGUGGGCCAGUCUCUCGCUCCGAUUGGACGAGAGCGAACGUGUCGGUACGGAUCUAAAAAUAGAACAGCACGAUGAACUACAGGCCAUAGUAUCCGCUGCGUGUGAUGUACUCAGCAGACUGUGGCAGCAGGCGGGCCGUUACUUUGUGGAGGGGAGUGCGAAAGCGUUCACAAACGCUAUCAACGCGAAUGGUAUGGGGAAACAAGGCACACCUACACAUGUGAUGUAUUCACCUUGUGUACGGAAUGGGCUGCUCUUUUAA